CUACGACACCCGUCUCUAAGAGCUUCUACAUACAUCUACAAGCCGCCGAAUCAGCCUCAUCCAUACGCAGACCCUCCUUUGAAUUCCGACCUACGUAGUCCUUCCGAAAUUCCGCACCCUCGCAGAUCAAACUCGAUACAACCUUCCACGAGCUCGCUCUCCAACCUCCACCAUGCCCAGUGCCACCGGGUCGAGUUGGGAGAAAUACCAGAAGAACUUCGCCGACGAUGAGAUAGAGGAGAAGAAGAUAACUCCUCUCACUGAUGAGGACAUUCAGGUGUUGAAGACAUAUGGCGCCGCGCCAUAUGCGGCAGAGCUGAAGAAGCUCGAGAAAGAGGUCAAAGAUAAGCAACAGACUAUAAAUGAGAAGAUUGGCGUCAAGGAAUCGGACACUGGUCUUGCGCCACCUCAUCUAUGGGACAUCGCUGCCGACAGACAACGCAUGCAAGAAGAACAGCCACUUCAAGUUGCCCGAUGCACAAAGAUAAUACAAGAUGAAAAGGACACCGAUAAGAGCAAAUACGUCAUUAAUGUCAAACAAAUCGCCAAGUUCGUCGUCAAUUUGGGCGAGCGUGUGUCGCCCACGGAUAUUGAGGAGGGUAUGCGAGUAGGUGUGGACAGGAAUAAGUACCAGAUCCUCCUUCCGCUACCGCCUAAGAUCGAUCCCUCAGUCACGAUGAUGACAGUCGAAGACAAGCCGGACGUAACUUACGGCGACGUCGGAGGUUGCAAGGAGCAGAUUGAGAAACUACGAGAAGUCGUUGAAAUGCCUCUGCUGUCACCGGAACGUUUCGUGAACCUCGGUAUCGAUCCUCCUAAAGGUGCCCUUCUCUACGGACCACCAGGAACCGGAAAGACCUUAUGUGCUCGUGCAGUUGCCAACAGAACCGACGCAACAUUCAUCCGAGUCAUCGGUUCCGAACUCGUCCAAAAGUACGUUGGUGAGGGUGCACGAAUGGUGCGAGAGCUUUUCGAGAUGGCGCGGACAAAGAAAGCAUGCAUCAUUUUCUUCGACGAAGUGGAUGCUAUUGGCGGUGCUCGUUUCGAUGACGGUGCAGGAGGCGACAACGAAGUUCAGCGAACUAUGCUUGAGCUCAUUACCCAACUCGACGGCUUCGACUCCCGUGGCAAUAUCAAAGUCAUGUUUGCCACCAACAGACCGUCCACUCUUGAUCCUGCACUCAUGCGUCCCGGCCGUAUCGACCGUAAGAUCGAGUUCUCGCUGCCUGAUAUGGAGGGUCGCGCCAACAUCCUCCGCAUUCAUGCCAAGAGUAUGAGCGUCGAGCGGGACAUCAGAUGGGAACUGAUUUCACGACUUUGUCCAAACAGUACCGGUGCUGAAUUGAGGAGUGUUGCCACAGAAGCGGGAAUGUUCGCUAUACGCGCGCGAAGAAAGGUUGCGACCGAGAAGGAUUUCCUCGCUGCUGUGGACAAGGUUAUCAAGGGUAACCUGAAGUUCAAUUCUACUGCCACGUACAUGCAAUACAAUUAGGG